AUGCUAUCCGAGCUCGUCAUCGCAUCGACACUGCUAGUAAACUCCUUUGCUGUGCUGAACUUUAAGCUUGGGAAGCCUGUGCAAGACGCCAACCACUUCAUUCUAGAGACCGAGAACAAGUCUGUUGGAGAUCGCGUCCGCGAAUUCCUCCUUGCUCUCCAAUACUUUCGCGUAUUUAUUGCGCUUUGGAACGUCUUCCUCAUCUUUUUGAUGAUAGUG